AUGACGGCUUCGACUGCUGGACGCCCGGAUAUUCGCCAGGCCCUCGAGGCAACAGGCGCACAUUACCUGAAUCUCGUUGAAAUUGGAAUUCUCAAAACCUUUGUCGACUACAAAGUUUUUGAUGCUAUUCCAGACGAGGGCGCCAUUUCGUAUCCUGAUUUGGCGACCAAGGUCGCAGGCGAGGCAGAACUUUUGGAGCGCUUCUGCAACUACUUGGUUGCGGCCGAACUUCUUACAUCUCCGACACCUGGUCAAGUCGCGCAUACGGAUCGUUCGCGUGCAUACCGGACGGGUGAAAUCCCCGCUGGCUUCAUAGUCCAUGUGUGCAACUUUUUUCUUCGCCCCGUCGCGCGAUGGACAGAGUAUUUCGAAAGAAAUGGCCUCAAGGAGCCUAAAGAUGCUCGCAAUAUUCCUUUGGGGCUUGGCACUGGACAUCCUGAUCUGGAUUUGUACGGCAUUCUCGAUGCGGAGCCUAAAUUGGCGCACAUGUUUAACCGUGCGCAGGCUGGAUCGGCCAGCAUAUACUCCCUGAAGGGUGUGUACGAUUUUACUUGGAUGGAGAAGGAGCUACCCAAGCUCAAUGAUGGCCCUGCUAUUGUUGAUGUUGGCGGCGGUAGUGGCCUGGCUCUGAAGGGAAUACUUUCGGACAAUACGUUUCUCUCUGCCGAGAAAUGUGCAGUCUUCGACUUUCCAAAGACCAUUGAGCAGACAAAGAGCCAGCUUGAUCCGGCUCUGGCUUCUGUUCAAUUGGUCGGCGGGUCCAUGCUUGAGCCAAUUCCAGACACUCUCCGAGGUGCUCUCAUUUACCAGUUCCGUCGCGUUUUGAGUGAUCUUCUGGAUAAGGAUAUCGUGCUUGCCCUGACGCAAGUUCGGGCCUCUUGCACGCCUGACACGCGAGUUUUGAUCAUCGAGGAGUUGUUGAAACCGAAUGCCUCCAAGUUCACAAUUGCGCAGGAUAUUUCGGUCAUGAACUUUGGUGGCAAGCGCCGCAGCGAAUCUAUGUUUCGUGAACUUGCUACUCAGGCACAGUUCCGGGUCAAUGCCGUUUUUAAUGAUGAGUCGACGGAUUUUGGGGUCCUUGAAUUGCUGCCUGUAUGA